GACGGACAAGAGGGCUGAGGAGCCCAAAAAGUCAGCGCGUACGUCUUCACAGUGGCGCCUCCAGCACUUGAGAAGCUAAAAGCAAGUGGUAAGACUUGAUAGAGGGCCUUCGUGGCGAUCCACAACCCCACAGCCUAGUCGCUGACUGAAGGGCGGCCCAAAACUAGCGGCCCACAAGCCACCGCGUUUCCUCAUGACGACGAUUCCGGAAGGUGUACAUCCCGGGUAGAGCGCGCAAAGUAUACAUGGUCGCCAUGGUAGACUGCUGCUCCAGCAAAGUUCGCGACGAACAACAUCUUCUACAUGAUCGCGACCGCCAAGAUGAUGCGCAAGAAAGCCCAGUACACAAACAUCACGCCCAUACCGCAAUUCAUCCCGCGCCAACUCGCAAUCGACUUCCUCCACAGCCACGGCGAGAUCAUCGAGCUGAACCCUCUCGUCACAGGAUACGAAGCCAUCAAAGCCCCGCGCUCGGCCCCAGCAGACGAGUUUUAUUCAACAUGGUACGAGAUUGCGCAGCGUAUCCAGUACAUUCCGGGCAUUGGCAAGAUGGGAAGCGGCGCCAUCAAGCAUCGCGGCGUCUUCCAUGACCUGCCCUUUGGCCUGCAAACACAUACCUACGCGCCUGCCAACGUCGACCUCCGCAUCAAGUGGCAGGUCUGCGGCAACCAGCCCGGCGAACCUCCCGAGCCGAAAGAGCUGGGUUCUGGAGCACCAGCGGAGGGACUGUAUAUUCGCGAAGACGUCGAGAUCAAGUGCAAUGUCACCAUGGUCAGCUUUGUGAAGAAGGAGAUGAAGGCCGCUGCCAAGAUCAUGCUGGAGCGACUGAUCAAGAAAGCCGAGUUGAUGGACUCGGGCGCGCUGCAGGGCAUGAUGGAGAAUGGCAAACUGAAGACGAUAAAUCCUGCAGAUCGGUCCUCUGUGCGGAGCCCGCAAUCAUCGCCCUCGCAGCCGUACAAUAUGCCCAUGUCGCCAACCCGCUCGCCUACCUUUCCACACAACAGUCAACAUGUCCCACCACAUGAGCUGCUAGGACAGAACAACGUCGUCAUGGAGCUUCCAGGCGACUACUACCACCCUCAAACCUCACCGGGCCUCCUGCACCCUAACGGCAGUCGUCUCUCCACAGCAUCCGACUCCACCGCCCAGCACUCUCCGCAGCAACCCGACGCGCGCUGGUCAACCGUAUCCCACAGUUCAGCAAGUUCACGCCCGAGUUCGUAUGCGCCAUCAGAAAGCAUGCGAUCGCCAGGCCUGGAGCAAAAGAGUUUUGCCGCUGAACUGCCCACUAUGGAAGAAACGAGGGAAGAGCACGAUGAUCGAAGGAAGCACGAGAGCCGACUCCCUGCUGAGGCCCAGAAGUAUGCCUAUAAUCCACAGGAUUAUGUCCGGACGCAGGCGCAGUAUACCCCGGCGCCGCCUUAUGCGCCGUAUAGUCCGACUCCACAGGGCCGGUAAUUGAUCAACCACAUUACUAUUAAUUUGGUGGGAAUAGCGCUCCUAAAAUGCUAUAUGUGCCGCAAAACGCCAUGUUGUAUCCGAGUUCUUGAGCAGGCGAUUUGGCGUUCGCAAUGGGUGGUUCAAUGUUGGCUCAAUGUU